AUGCAGAUCUCAGUCGCUUUACUCUCACACUACGCGCCGAGCCGGGCCGGAGUCUGGACAACUCACUUACACGCAAACUCCAUCACGCAUGAUGAUGUCAAGCCCGAUAACAUUAUGUGGGACCAGGUGACCCAGCACAGCGUCUUGAUCGACUUCGGCGCCGCGCUGAACCAUAAAUUGCCACCGGAAAACUGGUUCAACCCAUCAGGGACGCCACCCUACGCACCUCCUGAGUUUCUCCAGCGAACCAAGGGCAGUGCCGCCGAUGUCUGGGCCUUGGGUGUGACGAUGCUAUUUGCAUUCAAGUACGUCAAGCUGCCGGAUGGAGGAUGGAUCCUGCCGCACGUGUUUGACAAUGCACUGGUGCUAGAGGAGAUGAGAAGCUGGCUCAGUGAAGUUGAAGGAUGGAGGCAGGUGUUGACUGAAGGGGUCCAUGGCCUGCUGGCUGAUAUGCUGGAGCAGGACCCGAAUAAGAGGAUCCUUGCUGCAGAACUUGAGCUACAGCUCAAAGCCCGGAUGACUCAAUAA